AUACAGUAGGAUCAAUAUUUUUCGUUUCGCCGGGAAUUUCACACGCCCGUUUACGUUUUUAUUGCAUUUUUGAUUUUUCAUUACACCCAUUUUCAUUAUUUUCCAAGAAAAUUAGUGUUCGUUUAAUUACAACAUGUCACAAAAGCAGUUUUGACUUUUAAACAUAACCUAUAAAAAGGAAAUAUGGAGGAAAAAUUUGCGAUAAAUACAAUUAAAUAUUUGUAUUCUCUCGAUGAUUUCGUUAAAAAUAACGUAGAAGUUAAAAAUCAGUUGCGACAAUGUUUAUUGCAAAAAGCAAGAAUGUUGGAAUUACAAAAGAAUAUUAGCUUACCUAAAAAGGGUUUAAACUCUAAAUUAAAAUGCCCCAAAUGUUGUAUGCCUCGGGAUCAAGGUUAUGGAUCGUAUAAGUUGUGUAAAAAUAAAAUUAGUAAGUUCCAAAAAAAGAUGAUUAAAAAAUCGGAGGCUGGAGGGAUUUUAACUAAAUAUCAAGAAAAGUAUUUGAAGAAACAUAAAAAUCAAACAUCGCAGAUUAUUGAAAUAAAUUGUAGAAUUUGUGGGUAUAAAGUAGUUAAAAGUGUCGAUAAACCACACUUAAUAAAAAGUAAUAAAGAUAAUAAGGAAAUAUCUGUGAUAAAGAAGCAAAAUCUUCAAAAACCUAAAAUUGAUCUUAGUAGUAAUAUUAUAAAGAAUAACAAGCAAUCAUCAAAACAGAAAUUAAAACAACAAAAAGUGGAGUUGCAUCAAAAUCCAUCCAAAAAUCGAAAAAGUAAUGCAAAUAAAUUGAAUAAGAUGAAUAUUUUGUUAAGCUCUACUUCUAAAAUUAAAAAUACUGGAUUAAAAGAUUUUAUAAAAAGUAUUACAUAAAAUCAAACAAAAACAUAAAGUUAUUUAGAUAAAUUAAGUAUAUUUAAGUAGUUUGGAAAUUAGAAACUUAGUUUGUAAGUUGAUUUGCAACAUUUUAACCAAACUAAAACAUUCAGUACCACAUGAAUAGGCUCAUUUGAAUUAUAACAUAAACAUUUGAAUGGUUAAGAAAUUUGUAAGGAUGUUCUGUAAAGGGGUGAUACUUACUUUAAUUUUUUAAAUGCAUUAAACUGGUUAAUAACUACUAAAUUGGUUAGUGAGAAAGAAGGCGUUACAGUGGGUCUUAUUGUGAAAACAUAUCACUAACUUUAUUUGUUUUUGUAAACUUGUAUAACAAUUACAAAAUAUUGAAUUAAACUAUGUUAAAAUUC